AUGGACGGAUCAUUUAUCGUCGUUCCCAAGGAUACCCCUUCUUCCUCAGUUACAACGACAACAACUUCACAGGAACAACAGGCACUCACAACCGUCUCCGCAGCAACCACUGCUACCACUACAACGGCUACUACGACAACCACCACAAAGACAAUUGACGGCAAAGUCCACACCAGCAAGACGGAGUCCACUGAGUCAACAGCUACAAAAUCCCUACUUCAGAAGGAACUGCAGGCCUUGUCGACACCUAACAAGGUCUUCCAGAACUGGGCAAAGACAUUCCGAUGUGUUCCCGAGCAGUAUUAUACCCCUACGACUGAGGAGGAAAUCGUUAAGAUUAUUCAUCUCGCCAGGAUCUCAGGAAAGAGCGUCAAGGCUAUCGGAACAGGGCACUCACCCUCUGACUUGGCUUGCACAGAUGGAUUCAUGAUCAACACCGACAAACUGAACAGUUUGAUCAGCGUCGACGAAGAGAAGAUGACUAUCACCGUCCAGGCUGGGAUGAAGUUGCACAAGUUGCAUGAUCUGUUGGAGCUCCACGAUUUGGCCAUGAGCAACCUGGGAUCGAUCUCGGACCAGAGCGUUGCGGGCAUCAUGUCUACAGCCACCCAUGGCACCGGUGCAGAGUAUCCCUCCAUGUGCGCUUCGGUACUGGAGUUGACAUUAAUCACGGCGACUGGAGAGACGAUCUCGUGCUCCAAGACAGAAAAAGCGGACAUCUUCAACGCAGCAGCAUGCUCCUUGGGUGCACUCGGGAUUAUAACACAGAUGACUCUCCAGUGCGAGCGGGCCUUCCGCCUCGAGAACAAACAGGAGCCCGCAAAGUUAAAUGACGUGCUCAACAAUCUCGAUAACAUCAUUCACUCGGCAGAGCAUGUUCGUCUUUGGUGGUACCCUCACACCGACAAUGUCGUUGUCUGGCGCGCCAACAGGACUACUAAGGAAAUUUCAUUGCCUGUACUAAGCUGGAGGUCAUCAAAAUGGUUCGCCGUUCAUGUUUAUGAAGGACUCUUGUACGUUUGCCGGUUCAUCCCCCGACUAAUCCCCACUCUCUCCCGGUUCAUGUUCUGGGCUACGCAGUCUAAGCCCAUCGAGCGUGUGGACGACAGCGUCAAGGUCUUCAACUUUGACUGUCUUUUCUCUCAGUAUGUCAACGAAUGGUCGAUCCCUUGGUCGCGGACAGCAGAGGCAUUAAGGGCGCUGGACCAUUUUAUUGAGAGCGGGAGUGUCAAGGACAACAAAGAUCAGGACAAGUCAGCAACAACAAAGGCGAAUAAGGACGCACCACUGUACGUUCAUUUCCCGAUUGAGAUCCGUUUUGUCAAGAAGGAUGACGUCUGGCUCAGUCCUGCCUAUGGAGUCGACUCUUGCUACAUCGGCAUCAUCAUGUACAGACCCUACGGGAUGGCAGUACCAUACAAGCGCUUCUGGGCAGGAUACGAAAAGAUCAUGGCCUCAUUGGACGGUCGACCUCACUGGGCAAAGGCCCAUUCCGUUACGCCCGAGGGUCUCGAAGAGUCGUACCCAAAGAUGAAGGAAUUCUCUGCUAUCCGACAGCGAUUAGACCCUGAGGGCAUGUUCCUUAAUGAUUACCUUCGUAGACAUUUGGUUGUGCCAAAAUAG